AUGGACCUACGCCUACGGGCCGUGGGGCUGUGGCGGGUCGAGGUUCAUGGGCAACCAGGUGACGGCUUUUACAGCAUCUCAAGCGUCACCUACUACCUCAGCCACCGGAGCGGUUCGUCGUCGCAAGUGUCGGCCGUGAUCAUCGGCGGCAACAGUUUGAUCGCCUCGGUCGACAUCAGCUCUCCUCUCCCCUCCGGCUACGGCCCCGUCCAGGCCACGUUCGACCACGCGGCGACCUACUUGGCGGCCUUCUACGCCACGGGAGCUGGCGACGGCCAGUCCAACGUGUGGAUCGACUUGGUGGGUGAUGCAACGGGCUUCUGCUACAGCAGCAUCACCGACUGCGUGUCGAAUAUUGCCAACCGGGGCCUCGCAAGCAACGUGCUGGGAACGAUCAUGCAGCGUUGCUGCACGGCGCCUUCACCAUCGUCUACGCGCACGCCCUCGCCCUCACCCUCGCCCACUCGCACGGCCUGUGGCCCUGGCGCCAACACCAACGGCACCGUCGUGGGCGUCUACGGCUACGGAGGCUGGAGCGCCGACGCGGCGAGGUGCCUCGGCAACAAGGUGACGGGCUACCAUUCCAUCUCGAGCGUUACCUUCUUCUUCAGCCACAGCAACGGUUGGCGUAUGCGGUGA